CGCGUUUCCAGUCGUCUUGUGACGAGGGGCAUCAUGGCGUAGCGAUGUGGACCCACGGCUUCACUGGUAGACACGGAGAAGUUUACGAACGAGCCACUCGACAUUUUGGGGAUUUAGGGAAGCUUUUAAACCGACUUAAACGGCGAAAAAGUUAGGCCAGUGUCUGGUUUUUUUUGGGGGAGUCUGAAGAUGAUGGCGGAUGCCAGCGACAUGUUGGCAGCUGCUCUUGAGCAGAUGGAUGGCAUUAUAGCAGGAUCCAAGGCUCUUGACUACUCCAAUGGGUUGUUUGACUGUCAGUCGCCCAGCUCUCCUUUCAUGGGCAAUUUACGGGCUCUUCACCUUUUGGAGGACCUAAGAGGCAUUCUGGAGCUUCUGGACAAUGAUGGACGGAACAGUCUUCGCUGCCAGAUCCCUGACUCCACAGCUGAAAGUCUGGUCGAGUGGCUCCAGGGUCGCCUGUCCAACGGGCACCUCUCUAUGGGAGGUGGUGACCACUACCAGGAGAGGCUUACUCGACUUGAGAGUGAUAAGGAGUCCCUGGUGCUUCAGGUGAGUGUGCUAACAGACCAGGUGGACGCUCAAGGAGAAAAGAUUCGGGACCUUGACUUUUGUUUGGAUGAGCACAGGGAGAAGCUCAACACAACUGAGGAGAUGCUACAGCAGGAACUUAUGUGCCGAACAGCCCUCGAGACCCAAAAGCUGGAGCUUGUAUCUGAAUUGUCCAACCUAAAGUUAAAACUGAAUUCCUUUCAGACAGAGAGACUGGAGUUUGAUGAACGAUUUCGGGACAGUGAGGAUUUAAUUGUGGAGAUGAAUGAACUGCGGUAUAGAUUGACAGAGCUGGAGAGUGAAAAGCAACAGUAUGAAAAGAAACUUACAACAACAAAGUCUUUAAUGGCCAAGCUUUCUAGCCAGAAAAUCAAAAUGGGCCAGAUGCAGUAUGAGAAACAGAGGAAGGAGCACAAACUGCAGGCUCUGAAGGAGGAGAUCGUCAUACUGAGAAGGGAGCUGGAGGGCAAAGAUGGAGAGAUGGGCACACUGAAAGAUGAGACGGGCUUCAAAGCCAUGGCCUCAAGCAGUGCAGAUCCUGCAGAGAGAGAUGAAACUCUUAGAAAGAGGCUGAAAGAAAAACAUGUGGAAGUGCAGCGAAUGAAGAAGGCAAUUGAAUCGUUGAUGGUGGCCAAUGAACAGAAGGACCAUAAGAUUGAGGAACUGAAGCAGUCACUGAUGAGAUACAAGAAAGUUCAGGACAUGGUGAUGUCAGUACAAGGCAAAAAAGAGAAUCCUAAUGAUAAUGAGCAUGCAGAGUCUCCUACUGAUGUUUCCACUUCCUGCUUGUCAUCAAACCAAGUGUAUGUAGACAGAAAUGUGCUUACAGAUGCUGAAGAGCAAAGGAAGAUUGCAGAUGAGCUGGAGAUCCUCAAUGGGCUGUGUGACGAUGUUUCAACCACGUCCAGCCCUUCUGAUCCUGAGCAAGUCACAGAGUCUGCAGCUACAGAUAUAAAUAGCAGUCAACAUACAAGCAAGUCUGUCAGCCAUGACCUAGUAGAAAGGAGCAAAAAUGAGAAGAAUACAUGUGAGGACAUCAUUCAAAUAGGUGAGAAGCCACCAUUGAGUUCCCCGGCAGCCUCGCUCAUGACCACAGAAGACGACAGCUUUGGCUCCAAAAAGGCCCGCUCAUCUUUCGGGAAGGGCUUCUUCAAGCUGCGCGGUGGCAAGAAGACCGGAAGCUCCCCGAAUCUUGACCGCAGCCGCAGUGCAAGUGCGCCUAUGCUAGCUGAGACCGAACGCCAAGGCACUGAUCACCUAGAUCUGGCCGGGCUUCCUCAGAGGUCGGCCAACAGCGACAGCACUCACACACUCCCCACCACCCCAGAGGGCAAGAAGAAGUCUAAAGGAAUUAAGAAACUAUUUGGCAAGCUUAAGAGAAGCCAGUCCACAACAUUUAACCUUGAUGACAACCCCCCAGUUGGAGAUUUUAAAAGGGGGGGAGUGCGAGCCACAGCUGGACCCAGACUAGGUUGGUCUCGGGAUUUCCAGCGAGUCAACAAUGACGUGGACGCUCCCUUCGCACGCUGGCCGAAGGACCAGGUGUGUGACUGGCUGCAAGAGCAAGGUCUUGGUCUUUACGUGAACAUGGCAUGUGCGUGGAUCUCUUCUGGACAGACGUUGCUUCAGGCCUCCCAACAAGACCUGGAGAGGGAGCUGGGCAUCAAACAUCCGCUGCACCGGAAGAAGCUGCAGCUGGCUCUGCAGGCCCUUGGCUCAGAGGAAGAGGACAACAAGGGAAAGCUGGACUACAACUGGGUGACCAGGUGGCUAGACGACAUCGGGCUGCCACAGUAUAAGACCCAGUUUGAUGAGGGACGUGUCGAUGGUCGCAUGCUGCACUACAUGACUGUGGAUGACCUGCUUUCCAUGAAGGUGGGGAGCGUCCUGCACCACCUCAGUAUCAAGAGAGCCAUCCAAGUGCUGCGACUCAACAACUAUGAACCCAACUGCUUGCGACGCAGACCAUCUGAUGAGAACAAUAUUUCCCCUGCUGAGAUUUCCCAGUGGACCAACCACAGGGUCAUGGAGUGGCUGCGCUCUGCAGAUCUGGCUGAAUAUGCUCCCAACCUGAGAGGUAGCGGUGUGCACGGAGGCUUGAUGGUUUUGGAGCCAAGGUUUAACGUGGAGACCAUGGCACUGCUGUUGAACAUCCCUCCCAACAAGACGCUGCUGCGUCGUCACUUGGCCACGCAUUUCAACCUGCUUAUUGGUUCAGAAGCCCAGCAGCUCAAACAAGAGUGCCUGGAAAACCCAGACUAUACUCUGCUGACUGCCACCACCAAGGUCAAGCCCAGGAAACUGUCGUUCGGUAACUUCGGCAGUCUGAGGAAGAAAAGGCAGGAGGAGAGCGAGGAGUAUGUGUGUCCUAUGGACGUGGAGAUGCCGAAGGGACGAAGUUUUCAAAAAGGCUUUGAGCUCCAGAUCUACGAGGAUGACCUAGAUAGACUGGAUCAUAUGGACGACUCUGAGGGAACUGUCAGACAAAUUGGAGCAUUCUCCGAGGGAAUCCAGAACCUGACGAGCAUGUUGAAAGAAGACGAAUUUUUCAAGGAGAUGUCGAACUCCCCCAACCUCAGUGUGACAGAUGACGACUCCACUGCAUGAGACUGUCGGCACCAUGUGACCUGGUCCUGCUGUGAAAAACAACAGAAAACACUCGCACACUCUUUGCUCAAUAGUGGUUUGUUAGCGUUCCAUUCAGUGAUGAGCCAUACCGUUCUUCAUCAAACUAGUGUUAGUCACUUAUUUGUGUCUCCAUUGCUGCCAAAAGACGGACGGAGGGAACAUUUAGGACAACGCCACUGCCUGCCAGCUGGUUUCUGGAAAUAUUUUCUACUAAGUUAUGUGCUGGCAUUUUUGUGUGUGUUUGUUUAUCAAACGCAAAGUCGAGAAGACGCAACUAUGCCAAUGUAAAUGUCUUUUAAAUGACCUCCUUUGUGUAGAGUAGGUGACAAAUGAACGUCAUUGAAAGGGGAGUUAGUUCUAUGACAGCUGCUAUCUUUUCUACAAAAAAUACCUGUCUAGUUCAAAUUUAGUUGUCGUAUAUUUUAUAUUACACUGAACAUUGCAACAAUAAUAUUCUGCAUGCGUUUGCACCAAUACAUACAAUAAAGUACAAACCUAAUGCAGAUUGAGCUGAAACAUUAAUAUACAGCAUUGCUGCGUUUUUCUCUUUUGUUUUGACUUCCAUUGUUUUUCAUAGAAAUCUGUCACAUUACCUUUUCCGCUUAAAAUAGCUGUCGUAUUCAGUAGUGACCAUAUACUGUAAUGCACCCACUGACAUGACAGAGAAGACGGAUAAUUUCAUGCUACUUCUAAUUCAAAGAUCAAUAAAGUAAUUUAAAUUGA